CAGCACUUAGCGGGUGUGCGUGUUUGUGCUUGAAGAGGAAAGCGACACAAUGGACAAAAACGAACUCACCAGGGGCCAUAAUAUGCCAGCUUUUUUGUGAGGACCCAAUCAAUAGCGGUGCAUUUGUUAAUCGGGCGAAUGCAUCAUUACAUCAUCAGUUGGUGCAUUCCAAAAUGGAAACAUUACGAAGGACAGGAAGGUAGACCAUUCAUCCAUCCAUCCAUCCAUCCAUCAUCCAUCCAUCGUUCUUCCUCCAACUCUAUGACUACUACCGGGAGGAAUCGCUCUUCUGAACAUCACCAGUUUGGGCAAUUCUUUACAGCUCCUCCCUCACUUCCCUCAAGUUCAGUAUGUACCAAAUUGUGGCCCCAGGGGAGCAGCACCUGUCCGAUGGGAGCGGGGGCUCCCCGCUAAAAAAGCCAGGAACUCGGGAAGCUCGGCCCCUGGUCAUUGCGAGUUUUCUGGGCUGUGUGUUGGUUCUGGCCGCCGUGGUGGCCUGGUGCUACUACUCGGCAUCUCUGCGCAAAGCCCAGCUCCUGAAGACCGAGCUGCUGGACCUCAACAAGGAUGGUUUUGUCAUCCGAAACCAAGCAGGCGCUAUUAUAUUUACAAUGACUUUCAGGUCCGCCGCACUUGAUUUAAACUCCUGCUCCCAUGAGGAGAAUAUGCUAAGCUGCACCCAAUCAGAUGCUGGCAAGAUCAACUUUUUCAUCCACACGGUGCGACUGAAGGACACGGUGAUGUGCUACCGCGUGCGCUGGGAGCCUCUGCAAUAUAAGCAUGCAGUGGAACACGCCAUGGCUUGUAAUGGCUCUCACUGGUACGGAGGGGCAGAAUCGGCCACCCAGCACUGGCCGAUCAGCAUCGAGGGCGAGCAGGGACCGCAGCCUUUCAUCACCAGCGACGUCUACUCAAACCGGAAUGCUUUUGGAGGGAUUCUAGAACGCUACUGGCUCUCGUCCAACGCGGUGGCCAUCAAGAUCAACGAUUCUGUACCGUUUCAUAUGGGCUGGUCUGAGAAGGACAUGACGCUUCACUUCCAAGCCCGAUACCAAGAUUCUCCAUUCAAACCACCAGAGGGAGAGCAAGCCACACCACAACUCAGCUACAGAGUGUGUGUGGGCUCGGAUGUUACUUCAAUUCAUAAAUACAUGGUGCGUCGCUAUUUCCCAAAGCCUGUCAAGGUUCCUUCUGAUGAGGUGUUCAAGCACCCGGUGUGGUCCACUUGGGCUCUGUACAAGACGUCUGUCAGCCAAGAGAAGUUGCUGCGUUAUGCCUCCGACAUCAUCAAACACGGCUUCACCUGCUCCCACCUGGAGCUCGACGACCGCUACACCGCCGACUACGGCGAGUUUGACUUUGACCCGCAGAAGUUUCCCAACGCCAGCGCUAUGUUCGACACGCUCCGAGAGGAUGGCUUUCGAGUGACGCUCUGGACUCACCCCUUUAUCAACUACGACUCCAUCAACUUUGACGUCGCCAUCCAGAAAGGAUUGUUUGUGCGCGAGCCCGGAGGUGAGCUGCCAGCUCUGGUUCGCUGGUGGAACGGCAUUGGCGGAAUCUUGGACUUUACCAACCCAGAUGCCCGCGACUGGUACUCGGUCCAACUGAGCAAGCUCAAAGCACACUAUGGUGUGACCUCCUUUAAGUUUGAUGCUGGGGAGACAAGCUAUCUACCUCAACAGUUUAGCACCCUCAUCCCUCUGACGGACCCCUCCACCUUCACCCGCCGCUACACAGAGAUGGCCAUCCCGUUUAGCGAGCGGGCCGAGCUGAGGGUGGGCUACCAGAGUCAGAAUAUCUCCUGUUUCUACAGGAUCAUUGAUAGGGACUCGGUGUGGGGUUAUGAGCUCGGCCUCAAGUCCAUCAUUCCCACGGUCCUCACCAUCAGCAUCCUGGGCUACCAGUUUGUCCUGCCCGAUAUGAUCGGCGGGAAUGCGUACCCUGAACACAUGACAGGAGGCUUAAAAAAUGGGUCAGAGCUGCCUGACCGAGAGCUGUACAUCAGAUGGUUGGAGCUGUCUGCGUUCAUGCCUGCGAUGCAGUUUUCCAUCCCACCAUGGUACUAUGACGACGAAGUUGUGGAAAUAGCGCAAAAGUUCACCAAACUCCACGAGUCCCUGGUGGCCCCCAGGGUUUUGGAGUUAGCCCACGAGGUGCUUAACACAGGCGAUCCCAUCAUCAGGCCCCUCUGGUGGAUCGCCAACGACGACGAGGCGGCUUAUAAGGUCGACUCCCAGUUCCUGAUUGGGGAUGACCUGAUGGUGGCUCCCGUGGUGGAAGCAGGCAAACAAGAACGUGACAUCUACUUGCCUGCAGGAAGGUGGAGAAGCUACAAGGGGGAACAUUUUGAUAAUGGCCCCAAGUACCUCACGGACUACCCCGUUGACUUGGACGAGAUUGCCUACUUUACAUGGGUUCACUGAACUCAGCCGAACAUUAGGACGGGUUCCUCCCAUGCUAUUUCCAGGUACCAAUGGUCAUAAACACACGUGCCAAAUAAUAGCAACGAAUUAUAUUUAAAGGGAACAUGACUGUGCUGUCAGCGACACGGCAUCCAAAAAAAAUUGCCAUCAUGAUGCCGGCCACACAGCUUGAAGCCUUUUUAAGUUCACGUCCACCGCGUAAGCCCUCGUAUCUAAAGUUUGAGCUUGAUGGUAAAAAUUGUCUGAACGAUUACUCAAAAAACUCAUUUGUAUCUCAAGGCACCUCUGUGUUUUAUUUAGAAAAUCGAAUAAGAACAUUACCCCCAAAUUUUGGAUCAUUAUCUGGAGAAAAUUACAAAAAAACAUGCAAUGUCUUGUCAGGUCUCAAAUGAAAAAAAGUUCAUAUUGUUCUUGAACGAAACAACGCAAAACUAAUGUUUUAAUUAUGGCACUGUUUUGUUUGAUUGCUGGUGACCAUCCGUCCUCAGUUGGAUUACAGUCACAAGGCAUCAGAACGUCAUGGCUGCUCCACGUCAUUUUGUUGAAGAUCACGCCUCGCACCAAUCUACACUCCAUUAGCACUGCUGCCUGCAAAUCUCAGCCAAAGACUGCGAAUGAAUUUCAAUUGUAUUGUUCCAGCCUUUUCUCAUGUGCCUUCCAGACAGUAGUAAACGAUCUCGCUUCCAUUCCACACUGUCCUCCUUAGAUGCUAAUGUACCGUGCUAAAAGCUAAACCAAUUUGUGUCUUUAUCAUCAGUGUUGGCCACUGAACAAGUAAUAGGAAGGAAGUAUUGAUUUUGGUUUAUAAUGUUAGAUGGGCCCUAUAGGUAAUUAUGCAAUUUUAAAAAAAAUCCUCAUUUUUUUUGUUUUGCAAACCCCCAAGCUGUGAGCUUAUUUUGCGAACCACUGCACUAACGUUCCUUCAUGAACAUUCCAUCACCAGUGGUGCCAUUUCUUAUUUUUCACACCCUUUUGCUUGUGACUGAAGAAUGGCAUGAGUUGGUAGUUUUAAAAGGAUGCGAUUGUCACCUGUUACAUGUCUGAUGCUGUCGCGUGCCGAAACGGAAUCUUUAUCACACACUAAAAAAAUGUUUGUUUUCUGAACCCGCUCACUGGUUUGGUGUGUAUUUUUAGCAGAUUGGGCUAAUUUGAGUUAUGAGUUCUAGCUAGGGUGGCAGUGAACUUAACAAUGAGCAGCAGUUUGGCAGAUCAUUAACAAUUCUUACUUCAAUUCAAUUCCCUGUCUAUUACCACUCCUAAUUUAUGCUUAGUUCAAAACAUACAUCGGGUAUUUAUUGAAACGUCCGAGUCUGCUAUGUUAAUCCUAAUGUAAAACCAUACACAGGCUCACAAAACUUGCACUGUCUAGGUAAUUUUACACUGCUUAUGUCAGAACACAGACAUAUAUUCUUUAUCCUCUAACAUGAUAACGCACACCAGAAUGACCAACAUAAUGGAUUAAAGCAUGAAUGCACCAAGCGUUUCAUUGUUUGUGAUCUAUUUAAUUGUUAUUGCUAUUUGUGAAAUGAAAUACAAUACUGUCGAUGCUGAUUUUUUUUUUUUUUUUUUAACAAUAGUAAAGAUUUACAACAAUGUUUGAUGUUUCACAUGGGCUAGCACGGUGCCUGCAGGGUAAGAGUGAGGGGAGUGAGAUAAUUGUUUGUGCAACUUAAUAGUUUAUUUGAAAUGGGAAAUUGCACGUUUGAAAACAGACUGCUGUUUGUGCUGCUUUUUUAUUGUCCGUGCCUUACCGUGCACGUCUGCGCUCAGUGAAUACUCAUGCACAUAAGAAUAAACAAACAAAUUGCUCAAUUGUA